AGCAGCAGAAAGAUGGAGAACCUGCUCAGACUUGAACACCUAAUGAGAGAGUCACCUGCAGAAAUGGGAUUUCAGGUGAAAGUCCAGGGACCCAGAGGAGAGAAGAAGAUCCUUGACCUGUGUGAGACCGAGGAGCAGUUAGAGAAGAUGACAGUUCUGCUUCUGAAGAAGAAAAUCAGCCAACAACUCAGCAUCAGUGUCCAGUUGUGGUGUUUUUCCUUCCUUUCCCAGCCUUCAGCCAAGACCUCACCUGUCCUGCCAGCAAUCAUCCUGGACACCUGUCGCCAAUCAACCCAUCAGCCGAUCAUCCAAUCAACCUCCAGUCCGGCCCAUAUAUAUAAAGCUUUGCACCCCCUGUGUGGGGGUCGGUCUGUGUGUGUGAGAGGGAGAGAUCACUCAAUCAUGUUGGAGAGCAUUUUUGACACUUUGAAGUUUUUCUUGUUUUUGCCCUCCUUAAUCAAACUACCGUAUUGUUUGAUUGCCUAUUUUUGUUAACACCUACCUGUCCCCACCUAGUGUGUUUUGUAGUCAACCCCAUUUCUCUGUAUUGUCUUCUUCCCUGGAGAAGGGCUCCAGGUAAGACACCCCGGGGUCUACAUCCAGCACGUAGGUGACUUGCUGUCUAUACACACUAGGUAAGCGUGGGCGGCUGCCACGAAUCUUCUGUAGCAGGUAGGUAAGGUUAAGGCUUAGCUAGUUAGUUAGGGCUGGUCACUGGUUAAGAUAGUUAGGGUCACAGGGUCGAGGUGCAGGGGAAGUUUAGGGUUUUUGGGUUUAGUGGCACCGCCCACAGGGCCCUUCUCCUAACGUCCUCCUGCCCUCCAUUAGCUCUCCCCAUUUUUGUUUCUGCCAGCCUUUUAACGCCUGCUGGCUGCGUUCUGGCAUCUGUGUUAAAAUUUGUAAAGAUUGUGUCGUUGCUUCUGUUUAUAUCUUUUGUUACAUAAACUGCCUUUUCCUUUGGAAAAGGGCACACUAACUCUCUUGUACUGCACCGUGUUUCGUCCGCACACCACCUGUAGCCUGGUUUACAUCAGCCCAAUAGGCCUGCGCAUAAGCGUUGCGUCCCCCCCCCCGCGCUCCUAGCUUGGCCAUUUAUAACAUCUUAAAGGGGGGGACGUAAAAAACAUGAGGACUCUUGUAGGAGACUUAAGAAGAAAGAUGCUGAGCUCCAGACAAGUAGACCUGGAGGAGGUGAAAACAGAAGGGAUGGAAAAAGGUCACAUCUGUAACAGAGGUGAAGUAAAGAUUUUGUUUUGUAAAGGUCUGAUUUUAACAGUGAUGCCUGAUCUUUGCAUUUGGAUCUGGAAAUGAACAACAUAUGUUUGUUUAAAGAAGCUCAGCCACUCAGACCCCGUCACCCGCUGAUCAACCAGGGAGUCACAUGUUAUCUGAGCAGCAUCCUGCAGGUUCUCUUCAUGACCCCUGAGAUCCACCACAGGUUGGAUCCAUAAAACACCUCAGAUCAGCAGCUGGAAGUCAUCUUCACAAACCUCAAAGAAGGAUCAUGUGGAACAGAAAACAUCACUGAGAGUCUGGGCUUUAAGGACGUUUAUCAACAGCGAGACGCUGCUGAAUGUCUGGAGAGGAUUUUAAUGAAGUCAGUCCUGAGGCCUCGCAGAACACACUGGAGACGACAUGGUGUACUGCAGAGAAUGCAGCCAGAAGACAGAGGGGAGCAGUGCGAGUUCUCCAGCAUCAGCUGAACAUGUGAUGGUGGAGUUUCCUCAAAUCAUGACUCUUCUCCUCAAGAGGUUUCACUUUGACUUCAACACUGUGUCAGACGUGAAGUCAAACUGCUGUGUGGAAGUGCCGUUUGAAAUCCAGAUGAUGAAUAAGAGCUACACCCUGUACGGGAUGGUGAAUCACAUGGGCAGUCUCGGAGGUGGACACUACACCGCCACCGUCUGGAGCAGGGAGGACAACACCUGGUGGAGAAACAGUUUGGAAGCAAUGAGACUUACAGAAAUGGCUGAAACAGUGAAAUCAAUGAAGUCGAACAUCUCCAGUUCUGCAUAUCUGCUCAUGUACAGAGCUUCAGAGAGUCAGAUCGAGGAGUUCAUCGAAGAGGAGGACAAACCCAAUCCCCACAAGCAAAGAUUUAGGAGGAAUCUGGUCUUCAUCAUUGUGUAUGGCAGUAUAAUUUACUUGUGGUACUUAUUAUCUUGUGUUUACUUCACAGAGUGAAGUGAAAGAACUGCUCAGAAACAUGAUCAUUUCAGCUUUUGAAGCAGAAUCUGAGGAGACGAGAGAUUUCAUGUAAUUGCGGGAUUGUCUUUAAUGUUAAGUUCAUCACUGACAGCUCUGCUCUAUUGAAAUACUGUACAUUUUUUUUAGAUGUGGCAAAGUAAUUUUUAGGAACAAUGCAGUGGACAUAAGAUGCCUCCUUCUCAGUAAAAACAAUCAAGCGAGAGAUAAUGCCUCCUGUAUCACCCAUCAGCGUGCUGACGAGGACCAGGGGGCGGGCCCACAUUACAUUGGUUUUACAGUCGCUGCAUUGGCUCCCUGUCCGCUUCAGGAUCGAUUUAAAAGUUCUCUUAUUAGUUUUUAAAUGUCUUAACGACCUUGCGCCUUCUUAUUUAGCUGACCUGUUUUUACCUUAUCAAUCUUGGCGGGCCCUGAGGUUCUCUGGCAGCGGCUUACUGUGUGUUCCAAAAGCCAGAACCAAGACCCAUGGCAAGGCGGCUUUUAGCCAUUACGACCCCCGCCUGUGGAACAACCUGCUGGAGAAUCUCAGGACCACAGAGACUGUUGAUGUUUUUAAAGGGAGGUUAAAAACACACCUUUUUCAUCUGGCUUUUAAUUGAUCUUUAUAGUUGACCUUUGAUAGCUCUUAUUUCCAUCAUUUUCUUAUUUUCUAUGUAUCUAUUCUGUUUAUUUGUUCUAUUUUAUUAUGUACUUAUAACUUAUUUUACUUUUUACUUUACAAUGUUAUCUUUUCUAUUAACUUUGUAUCAUAUCUUCUUAAGUUUGUAGCUGUUUAACUCCAGUGUUUCCUGACGGGGGUCCUUCACACUGGGAGUUGGUUCCGGUUCUCUGCUGGGGUCACUGUGCUCCCGGCUGGCCUGGGGGGCUCCACACCUCGGUGUGCGGGUUCCCUUGGUCUGACGGGGUAGGGGUCGGGUGCUGGGGCUCUGAACUAUUUUGUUGAGUAAAAAAUUCUUUAAAGGGAUACUUCAACAUUUUGGCAAAUUGGCCCAUUUAGCACAAUUCCUUAGUCAUUUCGAACAGCAUACUUACUGUUUUUUG